AUGCCGAUGGCUGAUAAAUGGCCGUUGUUCCGGGAGAUGGGCUCAUCGUCUUUCGGCAACCCUCACUCUGUGCUUCUCGUUGUCUUGACAUCUCAGGAUAUCCUACCAACUCGUGAGGACUUCAAGACUGGAUGGUAUCUUCCCGAGUUCGUUCACCCAUACAACGCUCUUGCCCCUCAUGUGGACCUCGUCAUCGCUUCUCCUAAGGGUGGUGUUGCUCCCCUCGACCCCUACUCCGUUGAGGACAGCAAAGACGAUGUAGAGUGCCAGAGAUUUCUGAAAGACAAGAAAGAUCUUUGGGAAAAAGCUGAGACCCUGUCGUCUUUUAUCGGAAGGUCUGCCGAGUUUGCCGGCGUGUUCUACGUUGGCGGACACGGGCCCAUGUUUGAUCUCGCCGUCGACCAAGUCUCACAUUCUAUCAUCCGAGAGUUCUACGAAGCAGGCAAGAUUGUCUCGGCCGUCUGCCAUGGCCCCGGCGCCCUCGUCAAUGUCAAGCUCACAAACGGGGAGUACUUAGUCAAGGACAGCGAAGUUACAGGAUUUUCAAAUGCUGAAGAAGACGCCUAUAGCUUCACAGAUGCAAUGCCAUUUCUUCUAGAAACGGAGCUCAGAAACCAUGGCGGGAGGUACGUGAAGGCGGAUCAGCCGUUUGGGGUGAAAGUCGUGACGAGCGGCAAGGACGGACGCUUGAUUACAGGACAGAAUCCACCUAGCGCAGGGGUUAUUGGGGACGUAUUGUUGGAAGCCAUCAGAAACCAUGAGCGAAGACGAACGAGCAUGUACAACCCCAACUUCAUUCAUCCCUUAGCAAAAUGGUGCAGAAUCGCCAAACCUGCAUCUCGCCAUAGUUACAAUCGCAGAAUUGGACACCUUCCAGAAGCUCGUUGCUUAUCCGCAGGCUUCGCUUCGAUAUUCGCACAUUUGGCGUCUUUCGCCGGCAUGCCUUCCAUGCAGGGCAAGGAAACUCAAGGCAAGUUCUUUGGACCUACCGAGCAUUCAAAUUGCAUACUUUCUGCUAGAAAACCUCCUUUGACUAACAGUUAUUCGCCGCUAGUCCGUAUGCUACCUGCAGAAACUCAUCCAGCCACUCUGGAGCUGAGCUGGGAUACGCGAGCACGAUACGCAUUCUUCUCGACGUACAUCCAAGGCUUUACUCGGAGCAUGGGUGAGAUAGCUUACCAUUACCGGAACGCACAAACACUAGAUCAUCUUUCAGCGGGCGUCGAAGCAGCCAGUCUGGCUUUUUUGGCUGUUGAGCUCGACAGCCCAAAUCUUCUCCUCCUGGCCAACUCAAGUUACGUCACGGCCAUCCGGCGACUUAAUCACACUCUCAGCUCACUCGAUCCUGAUGAAGCGGAAAGAGCUCUUCAAACCAUCCUGCUGCUAGAUAUGUACGAAAAGCUUGUCCACCGGGAUUCGGGAAAGUCUCAGGCAUGGCUGAGUCACGCACAAGGUGGCUUGUCACUGGUCGGCGCCCGUGAGACGAGUAUUGUGUCUACCCCAACAGGCUGCCAAGUUGCAGCUCGACUUGUGACGGCAGUGACGGUGAGCUGUGCCACAGUUGGAGAUAGAAUACCUCCAGAGCUUACGAAGGCCCGUCGAAAUAUUGGCUAUCGUGUCAAGAGCGUGAAAUGGACAUUUCUAGGUGUCCUCGCGCAGAUUGUCAACCUUAAGUCCGAUAUCGUUCACGGGAGAAUCUCAACAUUGGACCUUCUUGUCAAGGCAAAAGGUCUCGACGAAAGAAUCGAUACGUUGGACAAGGCCCGCCCACCAUCCUGGAAGCCAAAAACCAUACAAGUCACUGCAGAUGAGCGAGUCCUGGGAUUAUCUUAUGACAUCUACCCGGACCACUACAUCACUCAAGUCUCCAAUGCAAUCUGCACCAUCCGCCUCAUUCUUUAUCACCUUCUCAAGACUUACGUCCCUGAGGAGAGUCGCCCGAAAGAGAACACCUUUCAUGGAACGAAUCGCGACUCGGUCAAUCAGAUGUGCGCCUCAGUGCCUCAAUUCAUCUUACCAGGAGUACACAAAACAAAUUCGUUGCCUUUCUCGCCUGUACAACGACUUCACUGCAGCACUUUCCUGGCGCCCCUUUAUCUAAUCAAUCAAGUAUCAGAAGAUGAGAAAGUAAAAGCUUGGGUGCAUCAAUGUCUGAAGUUUAUGUGGCAAUCUGGACGACUCAAAUCAGCAAAAGAAAUACUUUAUGUUACACAAACAGCACCAGACCUAGAUUACUGGACCGUGUUUGCAAUGACCGGUAGCUACGCGCUUGGAGCCUAG